UACCAGAAUAUUCCUGCUGAUUUUGUUUGGGAGUACAACGUGGGAAGAGUGGGAAUGAUAACAGAGUUUGAUGGGAUGGAAAUACUACUAAGGACAGAAAACAAAACUAUUCGUGAUGUUUCACAUUCACUUAUUGGAAACUGUAUCUCAUUAGCCAUGAAAAUAAAUGACAGAAGAAUCAGGCAUUUGAAUUUGAUUAAGUAAAAUGGUAAAGUUAUAUAACCCUGUCUAUUGAUGAUGGUGAGGUGUGUGUGUGUGUGUGUGUGUGUGUGUGUGGUGUGUAUUUUAUGAAAACCAUUUUCUGAUAUAAUUUUAAUGACAAUCAUUUUGGUUCUGAAUGUAAAGCUCUUAAUUGAGUAAGAAAUGGUAUCCAUCUCAAUUCUUGCUAAAAUCAAGAAAGAAGCAUUUGUCCAUGCUUUAAAACUCCUUCUAAUUUCCCUCAUAUAAAAACAAUCAACAACCGCUAUCAUAUCAAUCAUCGCUAUCAUUAUUCUCUGGCAGAAUUGCAAAGUAAACAUAAAAUUCUCUAUCCAGAUACUUUGGAAAUGCAAAGUAUUGUUCUUCCUGGCAUAACCUCCUAAAAUAUGAAUGGUGUUACUCUAUCUGAAAGAUUGCUUUCCUAAUUUUAGACACUAGUUACCACUGCUAUUUUCCCCUUAGGACUAUCAAUUUCUUUCUUUCUUUUCUAUUUAGACUUGGAAAAGUAGAGGACAGUAAUGGGAAAUCACACACAAGUGACAGUGUUUAUCCUGGCAGGUUUGACUGAUGAUCCACAAUUGAAAGUUGUGCUAUUUGUCUUCCUGCUUCUCACCUACCUGCUAAGUGUCACUGGCAAUCUGCUCAUCAUCACACUCACCCUGGUGGAUAUCACCCUCAAGACCCCCAUGUAUUUUUUCCUUCGGAAUUUUUCCUUCCUAGAAAUUUCCUAUACUACCACAUGCAUUCCCAAAUUGUUGGUUGCUAUGGCAACUGGAAACAAAACCAUUUCCUUUAAUUGUUGUGUUACUCAAGUGUUUUUUGCCUUCCUUCUUGGUGCAUCUGAAUUUUACUUGCUGGCAGCCAUGUCCUAUGACCGCUAUGUUGCCAUCUGUAAGCCCCUGCACUACACAACCAUCAUGAGCAGUAAGAUCUGCAUGCAACUUGUCUUCUGUUGUUGGCUUGCUGGGUUUUUUGUCAUCUUUCCACCUCUCCUCUUAGGCAUAAACCUUGACUUCUGUGCCUCCAACGUUGUUGAUCAUUUCUACUGUGAUACAACUCCCCUGCUGCAGAUCUCCUGCUCAGACACACAGCUCUUAGAGACCAUGGGAUUCAUUUCUGCAUCAGUGACACUUGUGGUCACGUUGGUAAUGGUGAUAAUAUCAUACAGCUUUAUUGCAUUAACAAUUCUAAACAUCCCUUCAACUAAUCAAAAGAAAAAGGCUUUUUCAACAUGUUCCUCUCACAUGAUUGUGAUAUCUCUUUCUUACGGCAGCUGUAUCUUCAUGUACGUUAAGCCGUCAGUCAAACAAAGAAUAUCUUUUUCCAAGGGAAUUGCAGUGCUCAAUACCUCCAUUGCCCCACUUUUAAAUCCUUUCAUUUACACUUUACGGAACCAGCAAGUGAAAAAAGCCUUCAUGAACAUGAUACAAAGGGUUGUUUCUUUCUCAAGCAAAUGA